GGUCACUGCCCAGGCUAGCCCCAAAACGACAGAAAAUGACCGAACUAGCCCAAGGCCGACAGAUCUGGAGCUACGAGGCCCGAAAUGGGAAUGCGGGUCCGCGGCCCCAGUACAAAUUGGGGGAGUCCGACGUAGUGCAGGUGAGGAAAUGUGCUCGCCAGGAAGGAGCCGCAGAGCGCAUCCCGUCGUCGCAGCAACAAUAUUUGGAUCCCCGGACGAUUCGCGAGCCUGCCUUCUUCAAGCACCCUACAGCAGAGCAGUUUGCUGCCAUUCGAGAAGAAGAGGAGGAAGAAGAAAGCACCAGGAGUGACGAGGACGAAGACGAGCGGGAGGAAGAAGGAGAUAGCGACGAAGAGCUCGGUGAAGAAGACGAAACUCCCGAAGAGGGAAGCUAUAGCGAGCAUAGCGAGGGGGAACAGAGCGAAGAAGAAGAAGAAGACGAGGAAGGAGAAGAGGAGCACGAAGAAGAACCUGUUGGAUCGGAGUGGGAAACCGUAAAGCGCUGCGUACGGUGGACCCGGGACAGCGAGCAUAACAUCGUGAGCGAAGACGUGGAAUUGCUCAUCAUUCAAGCUUGGAGGGCGAAGGUAGAGGGAGAUUUGUUGGGAUUCGUCUUCGGAACGGUGGAGGCGGGACAUCGGCAGCCGGUCGUAGGAGAGCUUCUAAUCCUCCUAACGCAGCUGCUGGACGAUCUACCGAUCGACAUCAUCUCGCACUGCGACGAGAGUCCGGCGCCACAUAUUCUUUCGCGCAGCUUGACGGCGUACCUACAGUGGUCGGCAUGCUUGGAGGGCAAUUGGGACAACUGUAAUUACCCGUCGCACGGUAAUUACCUGAACCCCGCGGAGAUAAUCGAUAUUCUCUUUUUUUAUCGGGGCGAGCCGACGUCGGAAGACGAAGAGGAAGAAGACGAGGAGGCGGAGAACGAAUCUGAAGAUGAGGAUGAAUAUUAUAGCGAGCAUAGUGAGCACGAGUCGGGGGCGAUAAGCGAAGAAGAAGAAGAAGAAGAAGAAGAAGAAGAAGAAGAAGCGGAGGGAGCAAGUGAGGGGGAAGAGGUGGGACAGGGAGACGCAGAGAGAACACCUUGAGGAAGCGGAGCGGCGGAGGGCAGAAAUAGAGGAGGGAAAGAGGCCAUUGGAGCAGUCGAUGGGAAUUGAUCU